AUGAGGAAGAAAGUAGACGAGCGAAUCAGAACUCUUAUUGAAAAUGGCGUCAACUCGAGGCAUAGGUCAAUGUUUGUCAUUAUUGGUGACAAAUCCCGUGACCAGAUUGUUAAUCUUCACUACAUGCUUAGCAAGGCUCAAGUUAAAUCCAGGCCAAGUGUUUUGUGGUGUUACAAGCACAAGCUUGAGCUGAGCAGUCAUAUGAAAAAACGCGGCAAGCAGGUUAAAAAAAUGAUGCAACAGGGACUUUGUGAUGCUGAGAAAGCUGAUGCAUUUUCACUGUUUGCGCAAGGUGGGGGAAUAACUUAUUGUUUGUACAAGGAUUCUGAAAAAGUUCUCGGGAACACCUUUGGGAUGUGCAUUCUUCAGGAUUUUGAGGCAUUACAACCUAAUCUACUGGCCAGAACAAUAGAGACAGUGGAGGGAGGAGGGUUGGUUGUUUUGCUUUUACGCUCUCUAUCCUCAUUAACCAGUUUGUACACGAUGGUGAUGGUAAGGAAGCAGAUUCAAAAUUCUUAUUUUUAG